AUGGUUGGACCACCACCGCUUAAAGGACUAAAAGUCCUGGAGUUUGCCGGACUCGCCCCAGGCCCGUUCGCCGGUCUUCUGCUCGCAGAUGCCGGGGCCAAUGUGCUUCGCAUUGACCGUGCAAUUCCGGGAAAAACGCAUACCCCCGGCGCGAAACUACCACCUACUGAGGACAUGCUGGUGCGGAACAAAUCCUCUAUAGCCGUUGACUUGAAGUCUGCCCACGGCAUCAGUCUGAUCAAGGAGCUCGCCAAAUCCGCGGAUAUCAUCAUUGAUCCAUUCCGGCCGGGCGUCCUAGAAAAACUCGGACUCGGGCCCGACGUGCUCGCGGCCAUCAACCCCAGGAUUAUAUACGGGCGCAUGACCGGCUUCCGCCGUGACGGGAAAUACGCAGCCAUGGCUGGCCAUGAUAUCAACUACUUGGCCGUCUCUGGUGUCCUUUCCGUGCUCGGCCGCGACGAUGAGAAGCCGCAUGCGCCUUGGAAUAUUCUGGCGGAUUUCGCUGGCGGUGGCGCAAUGCUCUUUCAAGGUAUCCUGCUCGCCGUCAUUGCACGUCUGUCGUCGGGCAAAGGCCAAGUGGUUGAGGCAAACAUGGUCGAUGGGGCCUCGUACCUAACUACAUUCCCGCGUCAGGCCCUCAAGACGCCCCUUGGCAACGCGGGCCGUGGCAAGAAUGUUUUAGACGGCGGGUGUCCAUACUACGAUACUUAUGAGACCAAGGAUGGCAAAUACAUGGCUGUUGGCGCGCUGGAGCCGCAAUUUUACGCCGUCUUGAUCAAGGGCCUCGGCCUCGACAAGAGCUGGAACCAGAGGCGGUACGACCGCGCCGUAUGGCCCGAGAUGAAGCAACAAUUCGAGGCCACCUUCAAAUCCAAGACACGAGCCGAGUGGGAAGGUAUCUUUGACGGCACCGACGCCUGCUGCACGCCCGUGCUGGAGUAUCCGGAACUUGAAUCCCAGCCGGGUCGCGAGGGUGAUCAGCGACCACCCGUCGGACUCAGGGAUACGCCCAUGUUGGCCGUGACCCAAGGAGUGACGGACCCCAGCGCGCAGGGUCAGGGUCUCGGCGCCCCAGGCAACGGGUACGAGGGUCAUCCGCUCAGUCCUGGUCAAGGCGGCGAGGAAGCACUGCAGAAAUGGUUUGGCUGGAGCAGAGGGAAGGAUUUCGAGGUUGAAGGGGGCGGUCUUAUUCUUAAGAGCAAAUCUAGACUAUGA